CGCCCAUCGUCGCCAACACAAUGAGCAACUACGAAUCAGGCUAUGACCCUUACACCCCUUCUGGCUCGUCAGGAGCAGGCCGUGGUGCUGGAGGUGCCGGGAACAACAAGACUGCUCACAUUCAAGCACAAAUCGACGAGACCGUUGGUGUGAUGCGCGACAAUAUCCAGAAGGUUAAUGAGCGUGGAGAGAACUUGAGCGAUCUGCAGGGCAAGACGGACAACCUCGCUGUAUCAGCUCAAGGGUUCCGUCGUGGCGCCAACCGAGUCCGCAAGCAGAUGUGGUGGAAGGAUGCCAAGAUGAGGAUCAUCAUUAUCAUCGGCAUCGUCAUCCUGCUCUGCAUCAUCGUCAUCCCCAUCGCUGUCAAGGCCAGCGGCAAGUAAGGAUCCGCCUACCUCCCCCUCACCCAGGCGGUCAUGGCGUCUCAGUGCAGCCUCAUCUGGCUGAACCACAACCUUGCGGUCCAUGUCCUCUCCUCAGCUCCUCGACUCGACCUCCCGCGCCUCUUUCUUCUGUCUCUUACUAUCUCGCCUCUUGUUGAUAUCAAUCCGACUCUUCCAGCGCCUUCGUCUCGGCGCGCAAAGGUGGUGUAAUUGAAGCGGAUAGUGUACAGUAGAGCAGCGAAGCAGAAGCGGAGGGCAAUGUAUGAACACAAGAGGCGGGCGGGCCAGUAGUUGGUACAAGCUACGAAGGGUGGAGGCAAGAGGCAAAAGGCUACGAUGGGGCUGCGUCGUCUGGACCAUCAGAGUAUCGCCCGCAUCUCGAGCCAGUCGAGAGCCUUUCGCAGCGCUCCAGCUAGUGCAUGGCCGAAGGACAUGAGACCGCCGCCGAUGAGAUGACGACCGCCUUUGCCUCCCUUGCCUCCUUCUCCUGG